AUGCGAACUUCGGAUUGCAGAAAUCGGGAUAAGUUGAUUGGAGUCGAUCUCGGUUGUGGCCCUGGAACUGUGAGUCGAGCUCUUGCUCCUUAUUUUGAUAAGGUGCUAGGUACGGAUCCUAGUGCUGUGAUGAUUGAACGUGCUAGGGCUGUUUCUGAGGAUGGGUAUGAGAAAUUGGAUGGGGACGGGAAGAAGAAUAUAGAGUGGAAAGAAGCAACAGCAGAGAAUCUACAGUGGAUUGAGAAGGGGUCGCUCGAUAUGGUUGUAGCGGGGCAAGCGGCGCAUUGGUUUAAUUUUUCAGGGGAGGGAAAUGGGGUUUGGGGGGAGAUUUAUGGGAGGUUGAGGAGAGGGGGGACGGUCGCGUUCUGGGGGUAUAGGGAUAAUGUUCUGGUGGAUUAUCCAAGGGCGACGAGGGUUAUGGAGAAGUUUUGUUAUGGGGAGGAGAGGGAGUACAUGGGGGGGUAUUGGGAACAGCCUGGGAGGGAUAGGUUGAGGGGUUUGUAUGCGGAUGAGGCGAUGAGGCCUCCGAGGGAAAUGUUUGAGGAUGUGAGGAGAGUGGUUUAUGAGCCGGGGAGUGGGGUGGGAGAGGUGUUGAUGAGGAGGAAGAUGAAAUUGGGGGAGUUGGGCGAGUAUUGGAGGACGUUUAGUGCGUAUUUUGAGUGGAUGAGGGGAAAUCCUGAGAGGAAGAGGUUAGGGGAUGGGGAGGGUAUAGGGGAAGAGGAAGGGAUAGGGAAAGGGGAAGAAAGAAAAGGUGAUGUUAUAGAUGAGAUGUUUGUAGAGAUGUUAGAAGUAGAGCCGGAAUUAAGAGGAAAGGAGGGACAAAAUUGGAGGGAUGUAGAAGUUGAGACGGAAUGGGGGACGGUGAUUUUGUUGGCGAGGAAAUUGUAG